AUGUUAAUGUUGUUGUGGAUGCUGCUCACAAAGCUCUGCAAAUUUCUUCACGAGAAAGCAUUUUCAACCAUGGAAGCUACCACACAUGAACUGAUACAUCCAACAAUAGAUGUUUUGCUGUCAAUGCUUGCAGUUUUGCUUGAGCCGAUUGAAAUGACAUGUGAUCCAACCUAUCUUGUUAAUUUUUUGGAGUUAUAUACUGUGUUGGCUUCCUUUCAAUCUCAUGAAGGAAGGGUCCUAAACUCGCUUAAUGGGAUAAAAGACAUGAAGUCACGUCUAACAUCGAAAGCCGAAUACAUGUUGUCAGGUCGGAAGAGAAUGAUGUGGGAUAUUAGUUUAAUAAACAUCAAGAUAAUUAUUCCCUGGGAGAAUGGGAAGUCAGAGAUACAUAAAUUGGUACUUGGAUUAACAGCUGUCACCUUUUCAUCCAAGCAUGAUGUUAGCUGUUUUGCACCAGAUAUCAACGUACCUUCUCAAUUCAUGAGGAAUUUAAUAGAUUACAAUUCUUCAAGUGAGCUUCUAGAAGGAACUCAGAUUCAAGAUCUGUAUGCUCUCCUGGAAAUUAAACUAGUCGACUUCCAGUUUCUUGCAGAAACUUUGGAUGUUGUUCAAGACAUUGAUUGGGUCAUUUAUCUGUUGCUAGGUAACCUUCUCAACCACAACAUUCUACUUAAGCAGGUGAGUAAUCAAGAUUAA